AUGGGAUCCAGAGCCUCCACGUUACUCCGAGAUGAGGAAAUCGAAGAAAUUAAGAAGGAGACCGGCUUCUCGAACCCACAAUCCCUGGAUUUCCAGAAGAUCCCGGAGUUGGCCAUCAAUCCGCUGGGAGACAGAAUCAUCAACGCGUUCUUCCCUGUGGGAGAGGACCAGGUGAACUUCCGGGGCUUCAUGCAGACUCUGGCUCACUUCAGACCGAUCGAGGACAACGAGAAGAGCAAAAACGCCGCCGUCAGCGAGCCGCUCAACAGCAGGACCAACAAGCUGCUCUUUGCUUUCCGUCUGUAUGACCUGGACAGAGAUGACAAAAUCUCCCGGGACGAGCUGCUGCAGGUCCUGCGGAUGAUGGUCGGCGUAAACAUUUCAGACGAUCAGCUCGGCAGCAUCGCCGACCGGACCAUACAAGAGGCGGACACGAAUGGAGAUAACUCCAUUUCCUUCACUGAAUUCAUCAAGGUCUUGGAAAAGGUUGACGUGGAGCAGAAAAUGAGCAUCCGGUUCCUACACUAAGUAUCUUUAAAAAAAUAUAUUAUUAUUAGUCAUCAUUUCUUUGAGUUGAGCUUCAACAUGUCAGUUGAUUUCAGAACACGACCCCGUCCAGCCUGCCGGCUGCUGUGGCCCGCACGCCGAGAACACGCCGCCAGACCGGGCGCUGCGUAGAUAACGUCAGUUUCUGCCGCUGCUCCCAAAACAAAAGGGGGAAGCCGCGUGCCUCGGGUUGUUUUUUUGCACCGUCACUA